AUGAAGUGCAAGCUCCUGAAGGCCGAAGUCCACAAGCUACAGGAUGGAUCACCCGGCAACGACAAGGAGGCCAUCCUCAAGAAGCUCCUUACACUCGAGGUCGCCGAUGUCCAACGUCUCUCUAAAAUGCCCGACUUCAAAAUGAUUCUGGGUCACCUCGAGAUGAUGCUCUGCGUGCAAUCUGAGAAUCCGUAUCAGGCUGUCUACAGUCCAGCUUUCCGCUGCAACUCGACCAAGUAUCUUGGUGUGACCUUCAAAGUCUGCGAUAAAGACAAGCUUCCCCAUGAGCCUGGCUUUUUGGCCUAA